GCAAGGCAGCAAGUUGUAGAGAACAAAUAAAUAAAAAAGAAAUGAGCGCUUCGCUUCUCUCUUCCAUUGCCUCGAUGGCAUCCUUGCUACUUUGCUUGAGUGUUCUCUUUGGAUUGCCACAUUUCUCUUCGGCCAUAACAAGGCACUAUAAGUUUGACAUACGUUUACAAAAUGUUACAAGAUUAUGCCAUACAAAGAGCAUUGUGACAGUCAACGGACAGUACCCAGGACCAAAGCUCAUUGCCCGUGAAGGCGAUAGAGUAAUUGUAAAAGUCACCAACCAAGUUUCAAAUAACAUUACUAUCCAUUGGCAUGGAAUAAGGCAACUACAGAGUGGGUGGGCCGAUGGCCCAGCCUACAUUACUCAAUGCCCGAUCCAAACGGGCCGGAGCUACGUGUACAACUUUACGAUAACAGGCCAGAGGGGGACAUUAUUCUAUCAUGCUCAUAUUUCAUGGCUUAGGGCGACGGUCCAUGGGCCUAUUAUUAUCCUGCCGAAGCUCGGUGUUCCUUACCCAUUUGCAAAGCCCUAUAAGGAAGUACCCAUGAUUUUUGGGGAGUGGUUUAAUGAAGACACUGAGGUAGUCAUUUCUCAGGCUCUUCAAACCGGAGGAGCCCCAAAUGUCUCUGAAGCCUACACCAUCAAUGGGCUUCCCGGCCCGCUAUACAAUUGCUCGGCUAAAGACACGUUCAAGCUCAAGGUCAAGCCCGGAAAGACCUACCUCCUCCGUAUCAUCAACGCUGCACUCAACGACGAGCUCUUUUUCAGCAUCGCCAACCACUCUAUUACAAUUGUCGAAGUCGACGCUAACUACGUUAAGCCAUUCGCUACCAAGACUCUCCUCAUCACGCCGGGCCAAACCACCAACGUCCUCCUCAAAGCCCGGCCCAAUAGCCCAAACUCACGGUUCCUCAUGGAAGCCAGGCCCUACGCAACUGGGCUUGGUACUUUCGAUAACACAACUACUGCUGGGCUUCUAGAGUACGAGAAUACGGGUAUUUCUUCUGGAAAUCUUCCGCUUCUGAGACCGAAACUUCCUGCUCUCAAUGAUACUGCUUACGCUACAAACUUCACUAACAAAUUGAGAAGCCUAGCAAGUGCACAGUAUCCAGCUAAAGUUCCUCAAACAGUGGACCGCAAGUUCUUCUUCACCGUGGGCCUUGGCACAAGCCCAUGUCCAACGAACCAAACUUGCCAAGGGCCCAAUGGGACCAAGUUCGCCGCAUCCGUUAAUAACAUUUCUUUUGCCCUGCCCUCUACGGCCCUUCUUCAGGCCCAUUUCUUUGGGCAGCAAAAUAAGGUUUUUACAGCAGAUUUUCCAAAAAGACCUCUAUUUCCAUUUAAUUACACCGGGACGCCACCAAAUAACACGUUUGUAAACAAUGCGACUAAAACUGUGGUGUUGCCGUACAAUACAAGCGUGGAGCUAGUGAUGCAGGAUACUAGCAUUCAAGGGAUUGAGAGCCACCCUCUCCAUCUUCAUGGCUUCAAUUUUUUCGUCGUCGGUCAAGGAUUUGGAAAUUAUGAUCAGACUAAGGAUCCAUCCAAGUUCAAUUUGGUUGAUCCUGUUGAGAGGAAUACUAUCGGAGUGCCCGCUGGAGGCUGGGUCGCAAUCCGAUUCUUCGCUGAUAACCCUGGUGUAUGGUUCAUGCAUUGUCACAUUGAGAUACACAUUAGCUGGGGAUUGAGGAUGGCCUGGGUUGUGAUGGAUGGAGAACUACCCAGUCAAAAGCUGCCACCUCCGCCGGCGGAUCUUCCAAUGUGCUGAUGUGGACAAGUUUUUUUUUUAUUUUUAUUUUUGUGGAGUGUGAUCUUUUUUGUUUUUAAUCUUUUUGGCUGGCUAAUGAACCCAACCAAUAAGUUCAUUAGCGACCCAAAUUGCUCUUUUUUUUUUUGACCGUUCAAUAUUGUGUGCAUUUUUUUUGUUGAAAACAAACAUAUGCAUGUUCUUUGCGUAUGUUGGUUUUGUUUUGAAUAAAGAAGAGAUCGAGGUUAAUUGAUGUGAUUCAA